UUUACCAAAGGGGUAUUUAUACCCCACAAGGGAACUUGCUGCUCUGCAGUUAGAAGAGAGCAGUUUAAGCCCAGAAGAAGAGAUAGAAUUAGAAGAACAAGCAGCAAAUUAUGAAGAAAAUAGAUACAGGCCACUGGAAUAUAAGAACCCAGUGCCCUAUGUUCUGGGGCAAGGGGCUGCUACUGCCCCCCCACCUUAUUCAAUGCAGCCAUCUUGCUCACUCCUUUCAAAAACUGUGAGGAGAAAGUUAGGCAUGGCCUUCCCAGUCUUUGAAGCACCCAUAGAAGGGCAAGAAGGCAUGGGACGGAUCUAUGCACCUAUAGACUAUAAUCAAAUAAAAGAAUUGGCUGAAGCAGUAAGAAAAUAUGGAGUGAAUGCAAAUUUUACUUUAGCACAGCUAGACAGACUGGCGAGAGAUUCUAUGACGCCUACUGACUGGCAAACUAUUGUAAAGGCUAUGCUUAAUAGCAUGGGCCAAUUUUUAGAGUGGAAGGCGCUAUGGUAUGAGGCUGCACAAGAGCAAGCCCGAAUCAAUGCAGCCUCCUUAACCCCUGAACAACAACAAUGGACAUAUGAAAUGUUAACAGGACAAGGAAGAUAUGCAAAUGAACAAAAUACUUAUGCCUGGGGAGCCUAUCAACAGGUUUCCAUGACGGCAAUUAGAGCAUGGAAAGCUUUAACUAAAAAGGGAGAAGGAGCAACCCAGCUAACCAAAAUUAUACAGGGCCCACAGGAAUCAUUUUCAGAUUUUGUGGCCAGGAUGACCGAGGCAGCAAACAGAAUUUUUGGAGAUUCAGAAUCUGCAAUGCCUCUUAUUGAGCAAUUAGUUUUUGAACAAGCAACACAAGAAUGCCGUAAUGCCAUUGCCCCUUGUGUCGGGAGCCGCCCCGCCAUUACAAGAUGGCGCCGGUUUCCUGCUUCCUGGUUCUUCUUGCCUGAUUCGGCUUCAUCCAUACGCAUGCGCUCACGACAUGCUAAUUGA